AUGCGUUUCCAAUCUCUCACUCUGCUGGCUGGCGCCGCCAUCGCCGCCGCCGACAGCACCGUCACUCUUUUCCUGCCUGGUUUCGAUACGCAGCCCCUUGACGGGAAAAUUCUCGGCUCAAGUGGCGCCAUGACCACCUAUAGUCUCAACUGCCCCAGUGGAGAGGACUCCAGCGACUGCGGAGUUCCCCCGGGGUUCAUCGUCACGCAAGGAGGUUCAUCUAUGAAAUAUGGCUAUAGCUACGAUUCCGAGACCGUCUCUGAAGAUUGCAAAUUUCAGGGUACCACUCGUGCCACCUGCUGGGCUAACAUUGUUUCUGACGGCUCUUCUUCGUCAAUGAGCACCGCUUUUGAUGUCACGUCUAUUCCCUACGGUGGCUUCAUGCCUGUCCACGUCACUGCUACCGAGUCUGGCGGUGCUGCGGCUUCAACUGGUGCUUCUGUUUCUGCUACUACGGCCACCGCUACCGGAACUUCCACGGGUACUUCCACUGGAUCCGCUACCACUCUCACCAGUACUGGCUCUGAUAGCAGCACCGCUACGGCUUCUUCCAGCAAGACUGAGUCUACAAACGCUGCUAUGCCCAAGAUGACUGGUAACGCUCGCUGGGUGGCUGGCGGUGCCGCCGCUGCUCUGGCUCUGAUUGCUGUUUAA